AUGGAGUCUGAGCAGCUGUUUCAUAGAGGCUACUAUAGAAACAGCUACAACAGUAUAACAAGUGCAAGUAGUGACGAGGAGCUUUUAGACGGAGCAGGUGUGAUUAUGGACUUUCAGACUUCUGAAGAUGACAACUUGUUAGAUGGUGACACGGCAGUUGGAACUCAUUACACAAUGACAAACGGAGGCAGCAUCAGCAGUUCCACCCACCUGCUGGACCUUCUGGAUGAACCCAUCCCCGGUGUGGGUACCUAUGACGAUUUCCACACCAUCGAUUGGGUGCGGGAGAGAUGUAAAGACAGGGAAAGGCAUAGACGGAUCAACAGCAAGAAGAAAGAAUCAGCAUGGGAAAUGACAAAAAGUUUGUAUGAUGCGUGGUCAGGAUGGCUAGUAGUAACACUAACAGGAUUGGCAUCAGGGGCAUUGGCUGGUUUAAUAGACAUUGCCGCUGACUGGAUGACUGACCUCAAGGAGGGCAUCUGCCUUAGCGCACUGUGGUACAACCACGAACAGUGUUGCUGGGGGUCUAAUGAAACCACAUUUGAGGAGAGGGAUAAAUGUCCACAGUGGAAAACCUGGGCGGAAUUAAUCAUAGGGCAAGCGGAGGGUCCUGGUUCGUACAUCAUGAACUACAUAAUGUACAUCUUCUGGGCCUUGAGUUUCGCCUUUCUUGCCGUUUCCCUGGUGAAGGUGUUUGCUCCGUAUGCCUGUGGCUCUGGGAUUCCAGAGAUUAAAACUAUUUUGAGUGGAUUCAUCAUCAGAGGCUACUUGGGAAAAUGGACUUUAAUGAUUAAAACCAUCACAUUAGUACUGGCUGUGGCAUCAGGUUUGAGUUUAGGAAAAGAAGGGCCCUUGGUACACGUUGCCUGUUGCUGUGGGAAUAUCUUUUCCUACCUCUUUCCGAAGUACAGCACAAAUGAAGCUAAGAAAAGAGAGGUGCUGUCAGCUGCCUCAGCUGCAGGUGUUUCUGUAGCUUUUGGUGCACCAAUCGGAGGAGUUCUUUUCAGCCUGGAAGAGGUUAGCUAUUAUUUUCCUCUAAAAACUUUAUGGAGAUCAUUUUUUGCCGCUUUAGUGGCUGCAUUUGUUUUGAGAUCCAUCAAUCCAUUUGGUAAUAGCCGUCUGGUCCUUUUUUAUGUGGAGUAUCAUACACCAUGGUACCUUUUUGAACUGUUUCCUUUUAUUCUCCUCGGGGUAUUUGGAGGGCUAUGGGGAGCCUUUUUCAUUAGGGCAAAUAUUGCCUGGUGCCGCCGACGCAAAUCCACCAAGUUUGGAAAGUAUCCUGUUCUCGAGGUCAUCAUUGUUGCAGCCAUCACUGCCGUGGCAGCCUUUCCUAAUNNCUACACGAGGCUCAACACCAGCGAACUGAUUAAAGAGCUUUUCACAGACUGCGGCCCCCUGGAAUCCUCUUCUCUCUGUGACUACAGAAAUGACAUGAACGCCAGUAAAAUCGUUGAUGACAUUCCUGAUCGUCCGGCAGGCCUUGGAGUAUAUUCAGCUAUAUGGCAGUUAUGCUUGGCACUCAUAUUUAAAAUCAUAAUGACAGUGUUCACUUUUGGUAUCAAGGUCCCGUCCGGCUUGUUCAUCCCCAGCAUGGCCAUCGGCGCGAUCGCCGGCCGCAUCGUGGGCAUCGCAGUGGAGCAGCUGGCCUACUAUCACCACGACUGGUUCAUCUUCAAGGAGUGGUGUGAGGUUGGGGCCGACUGCAUCACCCCCGGUCUUUACGCCAUGGUCGGCGCAGCCGCGUGCUUAGGUGGUGUGACAAGGAUGACUGUGUCCCUGGUGGUCAUUGUUUUUGAGCUCACUGGAGGCUUGGAGUAUAUUGUUCCCCUGAUGGCCGCAGUAAUGACCAGUAAAUGGGUUGGAGAUGCCUUUGGGAGGGAAGGCAUUUAUGAAGCUCACAUCCGGCUAAAUGGAUACCCUUUCUUGGAUGCAAAAGAAGAAUUCACUCAUACCACCCUGGCUGCCGAUGUCAUGAGACCUCGGAGGAGUGACCCUCCCCUGGCCGUCCUGACCCAGGACAACAUGACCGUGGAUGACAUAGAAAACAUGAUUAACGAGACCAGCUACAAUGGCUUUCCUGUCAUAAUGUCCAAAGAGUCUCAGAGAUUAGUGGGAUUUGCCCUCAGAAGAGACCUGACAAUUGCAAUAGAGAGUGCCAGAAAAAAACAGGAAGGGAUAGUGGGCAGUUCUCGCGUGUGCUUCGCACAGCACACCCCGUCCCUCCCAGCAGAGAGUCCCCGGCCACUGAAACUCCGCAGCAUCCUUGACAUGAGCCCAUUCACGGUCACGGACCACACGCCCAUGGAGAUCGUGGUGGACAUCUUCCGGAAGCUGGGCCUGCGGCAGUGCCUGGUCACGCACAACGGGAGCGUCUUGGGGAUCAUCACCAAGAAGAACAUGGUAGCGCACCUGGAGGAGCUGACGCGGCGCGCCGAGCCCCUGACGCCUCCUUGGUAUCAUCACAAAAAAAGAUAUCCUCCGUCAUAUGGCCCAGACGGCAAACCAAGACCCCGCGUCCAUAAUGUUCAACUGAGCCCUGUGACGUCAGAGGGAGAGGAGGCCGGGGAGGAGGCCCGCCUGCUGAGCAGCACCGCGCUUUAA